UUCCAAACAUACCUCCCCAAAAUUGCAGAAGAUACAUUUGAUCCUCAACUUCUUACUGGAGACCAGGUUUCAGUGGAGAGAGCUGUCAAUGUGAUAGAAUCAGUAAGCAAUGGAUUUAGUGCUGAAGAAUGCCUUGAAGGCUUCAAUUUGCAAAUUGAUGAUUGGCAUGCAGCUGUGAAAAUUUUGACACAAAUUUUUAAACACUACUACAAUUGCAAAUCUGAGAGUGAUACCUGCACUUUAUACUCGGAUCGAACUCUAAUUAAUAGGAGAAAUGUCAAAGAGGAUCCCAAAACAGCAUACAGAGCAGACCGUUACUUCUUUGUGCUGGUGGUAAAGUCAAGGAUUAUAGCUGGUGCAAUGAAAGUUGUAGGUAUCAAUGACAAGUGCUCAAGCCCCACUGAGUUCCCAAUGCCAGAGGAUAUGGCAAAAGCAAGCAAAGAACAGAAGCUACACUACUUACACAAGGCAGCAGCCAAAAUCAUUGAUGAACUGGUCCUAGAAGAAUCUACAGGCAUUAAUGACAUUUGUAACCAAAUUAUCCUGACACAAGAACAAGAGGACAAAAAACCAGCAGCCACAAACCUCCAAUGGCUGAUAUCCCUGUAGAAGUGAAGGUUGUAAGGCAACAUUUAAGUAUGAUGGAGCUAGUCGAAGAAAACAUGAGGAAAGUCAUUCAUGUCACAUAUCAGAGAAUUCAGACUUGCCUCUUAAUUCUUCUUCCAAGGAGAA